AGGGCACUGAUGUCGGAUGAAGGAGGAGCCCUGAGAUCUGAUCAUCCAGCAGCGCGUGCACGACACCGGCAAUGACUCGCGAGAAUAAAACGCAAGAAACCUGACGCUGUCUCAACGCUUUCCUCCGCUUUUACGCUUCUUUUUGUCUUUCUCCAACUCGGAAAACACCCGGCUGAAGGUUCUGUGGAGGUGAAGAAUGCAGACAGGAGGUCUUUUCAUACGAUGCUGUAAAACCAAAACAUAAUCGAGCACAAUCACCGGAGAAGAAAGAGGAUUCUGAUUAGCAAAGAGAAACGAAGGGUAGUGACAAUGGGGCGAAAGAAGAUCCAGAUUACCCGCAUAAUGGAGGAGAGGAACAGACAGGUGACAUUCACGAAGAGGAAGUUUGGACUGAUGAAGAAGGCGUAUGAGCUCAGCGUUCUGUGUGAUUGUGAAAUAGCCCUGAUUAUCUUUAACAGCUCCAAUAAGCUCUUCCAGUACGCCAGCACAGACAUGGACAAGGUCUUGCUCAAGUACACAGAAUACAACGAACCUCACGAGAGCAGAACCAACUCAGACAUUGUGGAAGUGCUAAAUAAAAAGGAACACAGAGGUUGUGACAGUCCAGAUCCAGACGCCUCAUAUGUCCUCACCCCUCACGCAGAGGAGAAAUAUCAGAAGAUUAAUGAAGAAUUUGACAAUAUGAUGAGAAAUCACAAAAUUCCAGCCACUUUGAACCACCAGAGUUUCUCCAUGCCAUUGACUUUGCCUGUCACCAAUCCCGCCACCCUGUCCUACAGUACAAACAGCUCACUGGAGACCCCGGUGACCCUCAGCGGGGCAAACAUACUGUCUCUGUCCUCCAACACCCUCCAGACCACCAAUGGCACUGCUGGCAUCGAUGGUAUGCCAGCUUCCUCAGAUGUCACACUUCCAAACGGAGUUCACUCCAGUCAUGUGGUCAAUGGCUUUUCCGCCGGUUCUGACGGAAACAGUAUUGGACAAGCGAUCGCUGCUAAAUCAUCCACAGCGAGCCGCAAACCUGACCUGCGAGUCCUCAUUCCUCCUGUCUGCAAAAACAGCUCUGCUUCAUCACUGCCGCCAGAGGAAGGAGACGAGCAUUUGAGAACAGACAGCUCUCAGUCCAGCCAAUCACUGAGCACACCUGUGGUAUCUGUGGCAACACCCAGUCUGCAUCCACAGGACCUCGUGUACUCAGCCAUGACGUCAUCGUUCACUACAGAUUUUCCCUUAAGCAGCAGAGAGGCCGGCUCUAUACAUGGCUUUGGUUCACUGGAUGCUUCAGUCAUAUCAGGCUCUUCUUGGAAACAGAGUCAACAUGGCCAUCCAGCAUUCAGUGCUCAGAGAACAACGCAACCUCCAGUUCAUUCCUCUGACUCCUCCACCAACUCCAUCAACAUCAAAUCAGAGCCCGUCUCUCCACCCAGAGAGCAUUUGGUUUACCACAGCAGGCCUCGACUUGGCUCCAGACCAGACGUGGGCAGAUCUCCGGCCGACAGCUUCAGCUCUUCUGGAAGUUCAUAUGAGGGCAGUGACAGAGAGGACCAGCGGCUGGACACUCAAACACACACCGCUUCAUCAGGAGCAGGCAGCAGAUCAUCUCCAGAGACAGAGAGCCAGGAGGACCCUUCAGUCAAGCGCAUGCGCACAGAGAGCUGGGUAACUUAGUGAUUAAACAACAUAUACAGACUGCUGUUCUGUCAAUCACAAAAUCAAUGUGAAGAUGCCUGUAUAGCAGCAGUAGGUGCAUUCCCGUUAUCCUUCAGAUUGCACAAAUUGAUAUUGUAAACUGAAAAUGCACAAAAUGUGUCAUUUUCACAUAAUUGCUCAAAUCUCGUAUUUUAUUUCAUGCUCACAUGUGGUGGAUUUUAAGACUAUUUGAAAAAGGAAUAUUUUUGUUGCAUUUAAAUGUGAA